GGGAGGAGAUUCAGUCAGAAUAGCGAUCUUCAACGUCAUCUAAGAACCCACACAGGGGAGAAGCAUUUUAAAUGCUCAAAGUGUGGGAAGAGGUUCAGUCAGAGUGGCAGCCUUCAACAUCAUCUAAGAACCCACACGGGGGAGAAGCCUUUUGAAUGCUCAGAGUGUGGGAAGAGAUUCAGCUGCAGCAACAAUCAUCAAAGUCAUUUAAGAACCCACAGUGGGGAGAAGCCUUUUGAAUGCUCAGAGUGUGGUAAAAGAUUCAGUCGUAAUAGCGCUCUUCAACGUCAUCUAAGAACCCACACAGGGGAGAAGCCUUUUGAAUGCUCAGACUGUGGGAAGAGGUUCAGACACAGUGGCCAUCUUCAAAGUCAUCUAAGAACCCACACGGGGGAGAAGCCUUUUGAAUGCUCAGACUGUGGGAAGAGGUUCAGUCGGAGUGGCAGCCUUCAACAUCAUCUAAGAACCCACACAGGGGAGAAGCCUUUUGAAUGCUCAGAGUGUGGGAAGAGAUUCAGCUGCAGUAACAAUCAUCAAAGUCAUUUAAGAACCCACACAGGGGAGAAGCCUUUUGAAUGCUCAGACUGUGGGAAGAGGUUCAGACAAAGUGGCCAUCUUCAAAGUCAUCUAAGAACCCACACGGGGGAGAAGCCUUUUGAAUGCUCAGACUGUGGGAAGAGGUUCAGUCAGAGUGGCAGCCUUCAACAUCAUCUAAGAACCCACACAGGGGAGAAGCCUUUUGAAUGCUCAGAGUGUGGGAAAAGAUUCAGCUGCAGUAACAAUCAUCAAAGUCAUUUAAGAACCCACGCUGGGGAGAAGCCUUUUGAAUGCUCAGAGUGUGGGAAGAGAUUCAGCUGCAGCAACAAACAUAAAAGUCAUUUAAGAACCCACACUGGGGAGAAGCCUUUUGAAUGCUCAGAGUGUGGAAAAAGAUUCAGUUAUAAUAGCGAUCUUCAACGUCAUCUAAGAACCCACACAGGGGAGAAGCCUUUUGAAUGCUCAGACUGUGGGAAGAGGUUCAGUCAGAAUGGCAGCCUUCAAGAUCAUCUAAGAAGCCACACGGGGGAGAAGCCUUUUGAAUGCUCAGAGUGUGGGAAGAGAUUCCGCCGCAGCAACCAUCAUCAAAGUCAUUUAAGAACGCACACUGGGGAGAAGCGUUUUGAAUGCUCAGAGUGUGGAAAAAGAUUCAGUCAUAAUAGCAAUCUUCAACGUCAUCUAAGAACCCACACAGGGGAGAAGCCUUUUGAAUGCUCAGAGUGUGGGAAGAGAUUUAGUAACUGGAGCAAUCUUCAAAAACAUCGAAGAAUCCACACAGGGCAUAAAGUUUUGGAGUAG